CAACCAUGCCACCCCGGAUACACGGUGGCAGCUGCCAGCCUCGGCAGCUGCUGAACUACCUCGAGCCAGCGCCUUCUUCCUCCCUAACACCACACCCCGCGUUCGGGCCACGACACGGACCAGCGGCGCCGGCAUCACCGUCAUCACCGUCAUCAUGCAGCCGGUCUUUCUCGACGACGCCAGCACCCCAGGUCACGAAGCUGCGGCGCAAGUUUAACGAGUGGAUAGAGGGGAUCGGAAAGCAGUUCAAGGAGCCGCGAUGGGGCGAGACCAACUACAUCAGCCGCACAAUCAUGUUCUCCGAAUAUCGUCAGGUCUCGCCCGACCAGCCAUUCCCCAACAACCCCAAUUUCCGCAGCGAGCCGGUGCUCUCGGAGAAGGCGCGCGAGUUGAUUUGGAAUGCCGUCAUGGUCAAGGGCAUGCCGCUCAAGGCCGUGUCGGCGCAGUACCAUGUGGACAUGCGCCGGGUCGCCGCCGUGGUGCGGAUGAAGGAGAUCGAGAAGAGGUGGCAACGUGAGAACAAACCCCUCGCGUUGCCCUACGCCCGUGCCGUGCUGGGCAUGCUCCCCAAGGCGGACCUGGCCGAGGGCGAGCAGCCGUUCGAGCCCAUCAACGACAUCCACGUGCACAGCUACACGAUGCAGCAGCUCUUCGUGCCCACCUCCGAGUCGCGCGAGUUCACGCGCGCCGACGCGGCCAAGGCGUUCGGCGAGCACAUCCUGCCGCCCGACGCCAAGAUGCGCAUCCCCGAGCUGGUGCAGAUGGAGCGCAACAUCGCGGCCGGCAUGGACCCGCGCGAGGCCGCGGCGACCUUCGUCCGGGAGGCGGCCGAGAGCGAGAAGGCGUUCGCCGACAAGCAGCACGCCCGCGCCAAGGCCGCCGAGGAGAGGAUGGUGCGCGUCCAGACGGACCGGUUCGAGUUCCGGUUCGAGAAGAUCAACUCCGAGGACGUCGGCCCCACCGGCCGCGCGCGCAAGGCGGUGGGCUGGCGGUACGGCGUGCCGCAUAUGGAUCGCAGGAGAGGCGAGGUCAAGAUCCCCACGCGCGUGGAGUGACGCUGAAGUCGGUAGUGUGGGAUGGCAGGGCAAGACAAUAAUCGGUGUUUGUAAAAUUAGGGCCAGCCCCAGCCAGGGGCAAGACCCCCUUGUAUAAAAAUUACCAGUCUAGAGUCUCGGUUGGUCGGUCUCUAGUCUCUAUAAGACCUGGCCUGCACAGCGCGGCCUUGAUACUUAUGUAUGGCAACUCUAUCGUGUAUUCUAGCAGCAGCAGGAACAGCAGCAGCAGCAGCAGCAGCAAAUCAUGCAAGUUUGAAUCU